AUGGAAUCUGAAAAUCAAUCGAUGAACUCAUCUCAGGACGAUUGUAUCGUUCUGGCUUUGUCUCCGUUGCGCUCGACCCCAUCAACAGGGACUGAUACGCCUCAACAAUCGAUAUCGAAGCCGAGAUUGUCCAAAGCAGAAAUAACACAACGAAAAUCGGAGCGGGAUGCCAGGAAAGCUGAAGAAGAAGCAGCCAGAGCUGAGAAAAAGCGUCUUCAAGAAGAACUGAAAGCAAAGAAAGCUGAAGAAAUUCGACUAGAAAAAGCACGAAAAGCAGAAGAACUUCAACAAGAGAAAGCUCGACGAGCGGAAGAGAAAGCUCGAAAAGCGGAAGAACUUCAACAGGAGAAAGCACGCAAAGCUGAAGAAUUGCUACAGGAAAAGGCUCGGAAAGCAGAAGAACUCCAGCAGGAAAAAGCACGAAGAGCCGAAGAAAGAGCUCGAAAAGAAGCAGAUAAUGCAAGUAAAAAAGCAGAAAUCAUGCAGAAGAAAGAACAAAAACAAGCGGCGGCACAAAAACAAGAGAUGCUUCAGAAACAGAUGGCAAACACAAUGAACAAAUAUUUCAAACCUAUUGAAAAAUCGACACAAAAAGACGGACAAACAGCAACAACGAAUAAUAACUGUGUCUAUCAUCGUUGCACAGAUGAUUUUGAUCAAAUCGUUUGCAAACAGGAUGUUAAUUUCGUAUCGGAUUUAUUGGAAAACUUGCGAUCGAUGAAACCAACUGAAGUAGAAAAUGCUGCACGACCGCGUUUGAACAGUGAUUCGAGCAGUUGUACGGCUUUGCCACUAACAACAACAACAACAAUGAACAAUCAAUAUGUGCUCAAAACUCGAUAUAUUCAUUUUCCGGAGAAGUAUUUUAAUCGUCCACCUUACUAUGGAACAUUGAAGAAAGCGUUAACUGCCAAUGCGAAUCCAUUACAACCCGAUGCUGCAAUCGAUAAUAUUGAUUAUGCAGUUGAUUCCGAAGGUGAAUGGGAAGAGCCAUGUAAGGACGGCGAAGAACUUCGGUCUGACGCCGAAGAUUUGAGUGAUUCAGAAGCAGUUGAUAGCGAUAGUGAUACUGACUCGUUUAUUGUACCGCAUGGACACUUGUCAGAUGAUGAAUUGAAUGAGGAUGAACAACAACAAUCGACAGUAACGAAGCAAGCUCGUGAAGCAGCUAAAUCGCAUGUAUGGGAUAAGAAAGUCGCACGUCUUAAUCAACAACGAGAAUUAAAACCUAUUUUCGGUUGUAUCUACGAUCCAGCGUUAGAUGACAAAGUCAAAUUUGAAUUAUCCAACUAUUUUCAUCAAUUCAAACGUAUACUUGUACCAAAAGAAAUCUGUCAAAAACCGGAACAGGAAGAGAAGGAACAAGAAGUUACUGAAGAAUCUGCUCCGAACGGAGACAAACCAAAACGAGUAUCGAAAAAGAAAUCCACAGCUUCGAAAAAAAGUCAAUCCACUGAACAGCAACAAGCUUCAAUUAUUCCCUCGGCUGUCACUCCAACAGCGAAACGUAUAAGUUCAGCUUCAAUUCUUGUUGAAAGUGCUUCACCAUCGAAACGUCGUAAAAUGAAUUCCAAUGAAAACUGUUCAAUGAUCGACGAUACCGACGUUGUGAUGACUGAUGCAGAAGCCAUCAAUAGUAACAAAACCAACGUUCUAGAAGACGCCAGUAAUGUUACAGAUGUCAAAUCAUCUCCAUUAACACUCAUUUCCAAUGACGAAAUCAAAAUUGAUAGUACACCUAUAUGUACAUUGCUUAUACCAAAACGCAAACAACCACCUGUCUAA